GCUCUUUACAGAAGUAGACGAAAUAUUUUAAUAACUAUAACAUAGUUUUUUAAAGGCCGGAAGACUGCGGGAAGUUUGGGUGCUAAAAUUUAGUAAGUGUAUGCAUGCGUACGUAGGGAGGGUGGGUCACGGCGAAAGUGCAGAAGUGUCAACAUUGGUACGGGGGUUGGGGAUUAUGCAGCAAAUUAUCACGUUGGUGCCUACGUACUUUAUGGAUGGCCAAAUAUAGGAUACUUCAAAAUUUCUAUGCGCUCAAUGCUCUUAGUAAAACUGCCUCUAAUUAGUUAACCUUGUGAUGUCCUGUAGAAACAUAACGACGUAAAUCUACUAGAGUAACAAUGUUUACUGUGGCUGGAUAUCGCAGUCAAAUUUUUAUAAAAUAACAAAUAUAAAAAUUACAAUAAAUCCUGUUGUAAUAACUAAAUGGUCUGUUAGCGCUAAUUACUUUCAAGCAUUUCCAGUAUUUAUUUUUGUUAAUGGUUACCUUUUUUAGAUAGCGAUGUCUCAAAUGUGUUUUUGAUUUAGGCAUUUGUUAUCAAGUAUUUUAUUCCCAUGAAUACCAUUAGUUCUUCGUUGAUAAUGUUAAACUACUAUUUGUUAUUUGUUACAUGUCACUAGCUGUCUGAGAUACGCAUUUAUUUUGUUGCGUUGUAUGAGGGUAUGUGUGUGCGCGCUUGUGUACAAAUUUGUUCGGGCUGCAUAGUGCUUUUAAAUGACGACUAAUAGAUUUGUUAACAUUACCACAUUGAUACUGCUUCUUGCAACCAUCACCGAUACGUUCAAUCCACAGAAUGUUACUCGUGAUAACAAAUUAUCAAGACUCAAGAAUGCUAUAUUAAAGAACGAAGACCGUGUAAUAUAUCAAAAAGCUGCUGCUACUUCCUCGAAAUGUGAAACAAAGCUUUUCAAUGUGACGAUAUCAUAUAAAAACUGUGUAACAAAGAAAGUUCAGGCAAAAUACUGUACAGGCUCUUGUCAUACAAUUUAUAUACCUGGCGAACCAAAUCUAAAGAUCUGUAGGCGUUGCCUUCCUAUUAAAUUUAGCUUUGCUCGUGCACAACUAGACUGUCCAUCUGCUAAAAGUAAGAAGCAGAGACACUUCAGGUACAUUAACAUAAAAAAAUGCAGAUGCUUAAUGUGUUAAUGUUCUUAAAACUGCUUCUUCUAUGUGUAGAAUUAUUUUUCUUUUCUGUGUUCCGGAUCGAAUAUAUUUAUAUAAUAAAUUUGCUUUGAAUUUUAUCAACUUCCACGAGGUCCGUUUCAUAUUGCAUCCAAAGCAAAAAAAGCGCCUAAAAAUUAGUUAUGUUUAACCUUCUGCUUUUAAAAAGUUGUAUGGUGUAAUGCGUUGAACAGAUCAUUAAAUCUAUAAA